CGUCUGGUCACACUGUUUUCACGUUCUUGCGUUUGUUUGGCUUUUUUCUGCGAUCUUGUGGUCAUAUCCAGAUUUUACAGAUACUAGAGAUGGGUCGCAACAAGGCGAACAACAAAAAGGUGGCUCCCGGAGCCAGCAAGCCAAAGACGCCGCUUAACAAGUCCAAGAAGGCAAAGAACGUGUUCAAAGUGGCCGACGGUAAUAAGGGCAAGGGCAAGAAGCCCAAGGAGGUGCAGGGCAAGCUCAAGCAGAUUAAGGAAUCUGUCAAGGCCAAACAGGAGAAGGUGGACGCCAGCCUGAAGACACUGCACAAGGAUCUGGUGGUCAAGAAGCCAAAGGCUCCGGUGGCACCCAUCAAGAACAAUAAGAAGAAGGGGGCCAAUGCUCAGAAAGUGUCAGACACGCUGGGCAAACUCAAGUUCUAAAAAAAUCCUCUGGAUGCUACGUUGUCCGGCUUGCGUUUUACGUAUAGUAGAUGUAGUUAGUUCCCAUUGAUUGUUAAAGACUUUGGUCUGAUCCAAAAUAUACGAUAACUAUAUGGACA